CUCCCCCGGUCUCCCCUUCGCGCGUUUCUGAGGGGUUGCUCCGCGCGAUGCUGGUGUUAAGAUGAAUUACUCACGACUUUCUUGGCUUCGGAGAUUAUACUCCCUCGACACCUUGGACACUCGUCUGACGGUCUCCUCCAGUACUCCGCCCAGGGUCGCCGCAGCCGACUCGCGAGCUGCUGCCAAAGAUGCCCGCGCCGAUGCGAUUGCUCGCAAUGCGUCUCCGCCGAAAUGGCAGACCUUCGAGUUCUACAUCUACUACAUCGUCUUCCUGAUUGCCGUGCCGUUGAUGUUCAUCACUGCUGUCGGCGUGUCGCAGGAAAGCCAUCCCACGUACUUCACUUACUCUCACUUGCUGUCUCCCGGCUGGAUUCUUGGUCGCAAAGUGGACAACUCCGAUGACCAAUACUCGUCCUUCCGUGAUAACAUACCCUACCUGCUGGUGCUGCUGGUCGGCCAUCCGUUGCUCCGUCGCGUAUAUGAUUUCUACGUGCGCCCAGCCAGUGCCGACUCUGGCCCGUCCAAGGCUUCUCCGGCAGCCAUUGCUGGGGACGCUCGCCUUACCCAGCGGAUAGGUUUCGACUUCUACUUUGCUCUGUUGUUCAUUACGGCUCUCCAUGGUGUUUCCGCUCUGAAGGUCCUCACGAUAUUGUAUGCGAACUACAGAAUUGCCAAGUCCCUUCCCAGGAACUACAUCCCUGCAGCGACCUGGAUCUUCAACAUCGGGACACUCUUUGCCAACGAACUGUGCUCUGGCUACCCGUUGGAACGCGUGGCUGCUCUGUUGUCUUCGAGCAGCGCAGGACAGGAAGCGCCAUUGGUGCUUUGGGGACGUUACUUGGAUGGCUUUGCGGGUAUCAUGCCGCGGUGGGAGAUCUUGUUCAACAUCACGAUUCUCCGCUUGAUCAGCUUUAAUAUGGAUUACUACUGGAGCCUUGAGUACCCCGCCGCCAGCGCCAUGGAAAAACAAGACGACCCAGCAGCACUGUCGGAGCGGGACCGUGUGAACAUCCCCGCGGAGCCAGCGGCGUUCAACGGACGCUACUACCUCGCCUACGUCCUCUACGCACCCCUCUAUCUCACGGGCCCUAUCCUGACAUUCAACGACUACAUCUCCCAGCAAAGAUACGCUCCUCUGUCUCUCACCAAAUCUCGGACCAUCCUCUAUGGAGUUCGAUUCUUCCUGACCCUCUUCGCCAUGGAGCUCAUGCUCCAUUUCAUCUACGCCGUGGCCAUCUCCAAAGCAUCCCCUGACUGGACUCUGUACACAGCCGGCCAGCUCAGCAUGCUAGCCUACUUCAACCUGCACAUCAUCUGGCUGAAGCUCUUGAUCCCGUGGCGGUUCUUCCGCUUCUGGGCCCUGGUCGACGGAAUCGACCCACCGGAGAACAUGAUCCGCUGCGUGUCCAACAACUACUCCGCGUUCUCCUUCUGGCGCGCAUGGCACCGAUCCUUCAACCGCUGGAUCGUGCGCUACCUGUACAUCCCCCUCGGCGGAGGCAGCCGAGGCGGCGCCGACCGCGGGAAAUCCUCCGGGCUCUACGCCAAAGCCCGCCAGAUCUUCAACACCCUCAUCGUCUUCACCUUCGUCGCUCUCUGGCACGACAUCAACCUCCGUCUCCUCAUGUGGGGCUGGCUCAUCACCCUCUUCGUCCUGCCCGAGGUCAUCGGGUCGUUGCUCUUCCCCGCCAGCAAGUGGCGUUCGCGCCCCACCGCGUACCGCUUCAUCUGCGGCGUGGGAGCAGUGGGCAAUGUCCUGAUGAUGAUGAUCGCCAACCUGGUUGGAUUUGCCCUGGGCGUGGAUGGCCUGAAGGGUCUUUUGGCUGGCAUGCUGGGGUCCUGGGCCGGCAUUGUCUAUCUCAUCUCCGCGUGCUGUGCCCUGUUUGUGGGUGUCCAGGUUAUGUUCGAGAUACGCGAAGAGGAAGCGCGGGCUGGCAUUAACCUGAAGUAUUGAAUCCUUGCUUGAUCUGUGGAAUAUUGUAUAGCAGGCUUAGAAGAAGCAUAGUCAGAAU